UCGGAAUCCGAGGCAUCGGAUGACACGGUCGUAGGGUUUUCUCAUUGGGAAGUUGUCGAUGUGGUACCCCGACAGCUCUUCCUGUGUCACACCAGAACUGUUCUGACUGUUUUGGAGGUACUUCUUCAGCAUGAGUUUUUAGGAUCUUUACUGUAUAAAAGAAGCUUGGGAGAACUGAGAAGCCACAGACCGAAGGGACUCUCUAGCUGACGGGAACCAAGAACUCCCUGAGAAUGGAGAGCAUGAAGAGUGCAAGAAAAGCUGAAACAGGAAAUCCCGGCAGUGAUCUAUCAGAGCAGAUUAAAGCAGCAACUAAAGAGAACCAUGUCAGAGCUGAAAAUACGCAGCUGAUGCUGAGUUACCAGAAAGGACAGAUCACACUGAGGCAGUAUAAGGUGCUGCUUUGCUCUCUCUAUGAGAUCUAUAAGGCUCUGGAGGAAGAGCUGGACAGGAACUCUUCCCACCCGGCUGUCGCCCCCAUAUACUUCCCACAGGAACUUGCUCGUCUGGAAGCUCUGGAAAGAGAUCUGGAACACUUUUUUGGCCCCAACUGGCAGAAGAAAGUGAUUGUCCCUGCAGCCACACAGAAAUAUGAGCAGAGACUCCGAAAAAUUGGAAAACAGAACCCAGAGCUGCUGGUGGCCCAUGCCUACACUCGCUAUCUGGGUGAUUUAUCAGGUGGGCAAGUGUUGGGGAAAAUUACCCAGAAAUCUCUGGGGCUGAGCAGCAAAGAGGGGCUGUCGUUUUUCUCGUUCCCCGGCGUGAGCAGUCCCAACCGCUUUAAGCAGCUGUACCGGAGCCGCAUGAACAGCAUCGAGCUGACGGAGCGGGAGAAGGCGGCCGUGCUGGAGGAGGCCGUGUCGGCCUUUGAGUUAAACAUCCAGGUUUUUGAUGACUUGCAGAAAAUGUUGAGUAUCACAGCAGAAACAGAGUCACAGAUUCCAGCAACUCGACUCCCGUCAUCCCCCCUCCUGCAGUUCACCGCGGGGCUGUGCUUCGCGCUGGCCACCGUCGGCGUUGGAAUGUUCAUCACAUAUUGAAGCACUUUAAUCAACUUUUGAUUUUUUUUUAUUUCACUUAAGCUUUACUAUCUGUUCAAACUUUACCCAUAAUGCACUGUUUUUUUUAAAUAAAAUCAUGAGAUCAAAGACUGAA